UCAGGGGCGGUCCCUCUUCCUCCCUCUGCCUUUGCCCCGUUUCGGUUUUCCUUCCCAGUCGCGGAGCAGCAUCGGUAGCACUCGGGUGUCUUUGGGGUGCUCGGGGACCGCGGCGCUCCGCCAUGUCCCGCCCGAGCAGCGUUUCUCCCCGUCCUCCUGGCACGGGCCCUCAGAGCGGGGGGCCUUCCACCGCCUCUGCUGCCUCGACAGCGUCGUCCUGCCCCGGCAGCGGCCGGGCCAAGGGGCUGAAGGAUAUUCGCAUCGACGAAGAAGUGAAAAUCGCCGUGAACAUCGCUCUGGAGCGGUUCAGAUAUGGGGACCAGCGAGAAAUGGAAUUUCCUUCAUCCUUGACCAGUACUGAAAGAGCAUUCAUUCACCGAUUGAGUCAGUCUCUUGGACUGAUUUCUAAAAGUAAGGGGAAGGGCGCAAACCGGUAUCUAACUGUGAAGAAAAAGGAUGGAUCAGAGUUGGCCCAUACAGUGAUGACAUGUAAUUUGAUUCCAAACACAAAACAUGCUAUUAGAAGCCUGGUACAGCGAUUUCCUGUUACCAAUAAAGAACGCACAGAACUUCUACCAAAGACAGAAAGGGGAAAUGUAUUUGCUGUUGAAGCUGAAAAUAGAGAAAUGAGCAAAACAAGUGGGCGACUUAACAAUGGCAUCCCUCAAAUCCCUGUGAAACGGGGAGAAUCAGAAUUUGAUUCAUUUCGACAGUCUCUACCAGUUUAUGACAAGCAGGAUGAAAUUGUUAGAAUUAUUAAAGAAAAUAAAGUUAUUUUGAUUGUGGGGGAAACUGGAUCAGGAAAAACCACUCAGAUUCCUCAGUUUCUGCUUGAUGACUGUUACAAAAAUGGAAUACCAUGCCGCAUAUUUUGCACUCAGCCAAGACGUUUGGCGGCAAUUGCCGUGGCUGAAAGAGUUGCUGCUGAAAGAAGAGAGAAGAUUGGGCAGACAAUUGGCUAUCAGAUCAGAUUGGAAAGCAGAGUUUCUCCAAAGACGCUGUUAACAUUUUGCACAAAUGGUGUAUUACUUCGUACAUUAAUGGCAGGAGAUAGUGCACUGUCAACAGUAACUCAUGUAAUUGUGGAUGAAGUCCAUGAGAGGGAUCGGUUCAGUGACUUCUUAUUAACAAAGUUAAGAGAUACAUUACAGAAACAUUCAUCUUUGAAACUCAUACUUUCCGGUGCUACUCUGGAUGUGAAUCUUUUUGUCAGAUAUUUUGGAGGUUGUCCAGUGAUAUAUAUACCAGGAAAACCAUUUGAAGUAAAGGAGAUGUUCCUGGAAGACCUGUUAAAAAGUACAGGCUAUACAAAUAAAGAGAUGAUCAAAUACAAAAAGGAAAAACAGAGAGAGGAAAAACAACAGACAACUCUCACUGAGUGGUAUUCUGCACAAGACAACAGCAAGCCGGAAUUGCAGCGACAGAGGGCAAUUCCAAAUGUAGCUGAAGAAUGUGAUCUGUUGGAUGAUGGUGGUGACACAGUUUUCAGUCAGCUGGCUGAAAAGGACGUCAAUUGCCUUGAACCCUGGUUAAUUAAAGAGAUGGAUGCAUGCCUUUCUGAUAUCUGGAUUCAUAAAGAUAUUGAUGCCUUUGCCCAGGUGUUCCACCUUAUUUUAACUGAAAAUGUCAGUGUUGAUUACAGGCACAGUGAAACAAGUGCAACAACUUUAAUGAUAGCUUCUGGAAGAGGUUUCCUGAGUCAGGUAGAACAGUUGAUUGGUAUGGGAGCAAAUGUUCACAUCAAAUCAUCCAAUGGCUGGACAGCUUUGGACUGGGCUAAGCACUUUGGACAGAAUGAAGUGGUUGACCUGUUGGAAUCCUAUUGUGCCUCACUGGAGUCUGGUAAUCUAGAUGAAAGUUCCUUGGUCCAAGCUAAUGCUGGUGAACUUAGUACAGAAGAUAGAGAACUCUUGAAAGCAUAUCAUCACAGUUUUGAUGAUGAAAAGGUGGAUCUGGACCUGAUCAUGCACCUAUUGUAUAAUAUCUGUCAUAGCUGUGAAGCAGGAGCUGUUUUAAUUUUCCUUCCUGGCUAUGAUGAAAUUGUUGGCUUGAGGGAUCGCAUAUUAUUUGAUGACAAGAGGUUUGCCGAUAAUGCUCACAGAUUUCAAGUUUUUAUGCUGCAUUCAAAUAUGCAGACAUCUGAUCAGAAGAAAGUUUUAAAGACCUCACCUCCAGGCAUCCGCAAAAUAAUUCUUUCUACAAAUAUUGCUGAAACCAGUAUCACAGUUAAUGAUGUUGUCUUUGUGAUCGACUCUGGAAAAAUGAAAGAGAAGUCUUUUGAUGCGUUGAACUGUGUAACUAUGUUAAAGAUGGUAUGGAUUUCUAAAGCCAGUGCUGUUCAGAGGAAGGGCAGGGCAGGACGUUGUCGGCCUGGAAUUUGUUUUCGACUUUUCAGUAAACUAAGAUUUCAAAACAUGCUGGAAUUUCAGACUCCAGAACUUCUAAGAAUGCCCCUGCAGGAGCUCUGUUUGCAUACAAAAUUACUGGCCCCCAUCAACUGUCCAGUUGCUGACUUCUUAAUGAAAGCUCCAGAACCACCUCCUGCCUUAAUUGUGAGAAAUGCUGUGCAGAUGCUUAAGACAAUAGAUGCUAUGGAUACCUGGGAGGAUCUGACGGAACUUGGCUAUCAUCUGGCUGAUUUACCAGUAGAACCCCAUCUUGGUAAAAUGGUUUUGUGCGCUGUUGUUCUCAAGUGCCUGGAUCCUAUUCUGACCAUUGCAUGCACUCUUGCAUAUCGUGAUCCUUUUGUGCUACCUACACAGGCCUCGCAAAAACGUGCAGCAAUGCUGUGCAGAAAACGAUUUACUGCAGGAACAUUCAGUGACCAUAUGGCACUUCUUCGGGCUUUCCAGGCAUGGCAGAAGGCACGAAGUGAUGGCUGGGAAAGAGCUUUUUGUGAGAAGAACUUCCUUUCUCAGGCAACAAUGGAAAUUAUCAUAGGAAUGAGAACACAGUUGCUUGGGCAGCUCAGAGCUUCAGGUUUUGUUAGAGCUAGAGGAGGUGGUGAUAUAAGAGAUGUUAAUACAAACUCUGAGAAUUGGGCGGUGGUUAAAGGUGCCUUAGUAGCUGGAAUGUAUCCAAAUAUUGUUCACGUUGAUAGAGAGAACAUUGUCUUGACCGGGCCAAAAGAAAAAAAAGUCCGAUUUCAUCCUACCUCUGUUCUUAGUCAGCCCCAGUAUAAAAAGAUUCCUCCAGCAAAUGGUCAAGUAGCAGCUAUUCAGGCACUCCCCACAGACUGGCUAAUAUAUGAUGAAAUGACAAGAGCCCACCGAAUAGCAAAUAUCAGGUGCUGCUCAGUAGUGACUCCAGUCACUGUGGCUCUGUUCUGUGGAUCAGCUAGGUUGCCGAGUAAUGCUUUACAGGAGCCUUCAUCCUUCAGAGCAGACGGUGUUCCUAAUGAUAGCAGUGACAGUGAGAUGGAAGACAGAACAACAGCUAACUUGGCUGCACUGAAACUGGAUGAUUGGCUCAAUUUCAAACUGGAUCCAGAGGCUGCUAGUCUCCUGCUGCAACUGAGACAGAAAUGGCACAGUUUAUUUUUACGACGCAUGAGAGCCCCUUCAAAGCCCUGGUCUCAAGUUGAUGAGGCAACUAUACGAGCAAUCAUUGCAGUGUUGAGCACUGAAGAACAGUCUGCAGGUCUACAGCAGCCUUCAGGGAUCGGACAGAGACCAAGACCCAUGUCAUCUGAAGAGCUUCCUUUAGCAUCGUCAUGGCGAACAAACACUAGCCGAAAAAGCUCAGCAGAAGCAGAAUUUGUGGAUGAUGCUUUUAAUGCUGACAGAAAUCCCCCCAAAUCAACUUUAAGCUAUGAUAUAAACAAAGAACAGAACAAUACAAUAUUAAGAGUCUUAAUGAAGUCUGCAUCUCCAGCAUUUCACCAACCACUGAAAUACAAAGAAAGAAGUGUUUUGCAUUCCAAACGAAGCACAGAUGAUAGGUCAGACCAGUCAUCUGUUAAGUCUACAGACAGUAGUAGUUAUCCUAGUCCCUGUGCCAGUCCUUCUCCUCCAUCAUCUGGGAAGGGUUCCAAGUCUCCUUCUCCAAGGCCAAACAUGCCUGUUCGGUACUUUAUUAUGAAAAGCAGCAACCUGAGGAAUCUUGAGAUUUCGCAGCAAAAGGGAAUUUGGUCUACAACCCCAAGUAAUGAACGAAAAUUGAAUCGAGCCUUUUGGGAAAGCAGUGUUGUUUAUUUGGUAUUUUCUGUUCAAGGGUCAGGACAUUUUCAGGGUUUUGCUCGAAUGUCUUCAGAGAUAGGACGUGAGAAAAGCCAAGAGUGGGGUUCUACUGGUUUAGGAGGAGUGUUCAAAGUGGAGUGGAUACGGAAGGAAAGUCUUCCCUUUCAAUUUGCUCAUCACCUGCUCAAUCCAUGGAAUGAUAAUAAGAAAGUACAAAUAAGCCGAGAUGGCCAGGAACUGGAACCUCAGGUUGGUGAGCAAUUGUUGCAGCUAUGGGAUCGUAUUCCUUUAGGGGAGAGAAACACAGCUGAUUGAAAAUAUAACAGCAAAUUUUGAAUGUAUUAAUUCCUGAUGAUGCAGCUCAAGUGGAAUUAAUAAAUCUGCUAAAAUGAUUGAUGCAUCUAUGAUGAAGUAAUAUUGUUUUGAAACAGUCUGAUGGAAUUCAGUGGUAUUUCUCCAGUACCAAAUGGAUUUGAUGUUGUGUUCCAUAUUGAAGGAAAUAGCAGAACCUGCUCUUAUUUUGACUGAAAAGUUUGUUUUGAGUGAUUCACUUUGAAGUUGCAGAUGUUAGGACACCAAAGCAGACUAAAACCUCUAGUGAACUUAGAGUAGUGCUGUAUUUCAUCUUUUUUUUCCUAAAGAAACAGGUCUGGUAACAGUGGAUCCUGUUUGGUGCUCAAGGGCAAAUAAGUGCAUAUUCAGCUUAGAAGUUGACUGUGAACAGCAACUGCUACUGAAGUAAACACUAAGUAGAUGUACUGCUGAAGAGAGUUUCCUCUCCUCAGAUGAAAUCCAGUUAAACUGCAAUGUGAGGAAUACUUUUUGUUAAUAAGCUGUCUUUCAGGUCCUUAAGUUUUGCCAAUGUUCUAUAUUUUAAUAUGUGGUCACAGAAAGGGGCACACAAUUUUACAUUCUUUUCUAGGAGCUGGUGGGCCAGUCUUCUCAGUGUGGAAGAAAAGGACACUUUAAGGAACAAUUUGGCAUUGGCCAGUCCUCAAAACUAUCACCAGAAACUUUUAUUUCCUUCUGAUAUUACCUGUAAAACUUACCUUUUUUAUUUUUUUUUAUUUUCCCAACAUAUACAAUUACAUGGAAAAAAUACAGAACAAAAGAAAAAACUGUCAUAAAGAGUGAACAAAAUAAAUGAAAUUGACAUCCUGGAAAACUUGUCUUGUGUGCGCCUUGUCCUCUUUCAUUCCCCACUUUUUUUUACAACUUGAUUUUUCUAAAUAGGCCCCUCCCGCUAUAUGUAUACAUAUGAUCUGUGUGUACUUUAUAUGGUACCAGUGUGUGUGUUAUCUGUAGUUUUUAGAGAAAUAUGGGUCAAAUCAGAAAUUCACUGAAAGGAACGGAGAAAUACCAGAUUUAAUAGGAAGGAGAGUGGGCACUGUUUUUUUACAGAUCAUUGAAUAGGGUAGUUUAAGAGGCAAGAAGUUAAUUAGUGAGCAGUGUUUUAAGUUACUGUAAAAAGAAUGCUCAUGUUUUUCCUCCGCCUAAGUGAAAGUAGAAAUGAGAAAAAGUGAAAACUUUCAAUCUCAAUGAAACACUAUUAAUAAAGAUGUUGAAUUGAAGUUUGUUAAUGUUUGCACUUAAAUGUUUUUUGGAGAUAGGGUUUAUUUGUAGUUUCUGACUACAUGUAAUCGAGCUCUUCUGUACAUCCAUGAAUCAUUCUGUUAUUAAAUAUUACUAAUUGUGAACUAAGUGACUUAUCUGUUUAAGGUUAGAAGUAAGGUGUGUUUAGAAUAAAGAUAUUUUCUUUUAGCUGUAUGGUGUGUGAGAGCUAUUUGUAAUUCUAGAUCAGAGAAUACCUGAAAUCAAGAGUGCUGUACUGACUUGGGACUUAAUAUUGAUCCUUUGAUAAAUUGCAUUCAUUGCCAAUAGUUUGUAUAUAGAAACAUUCUGUUCUAGUUGUUCUGCAGACAGGGAUAAAAAACAGUGCACUGAACUGCAUUGCAAUUUGAUAUGGAUAGAAAUCAGCUGUUUACAUUUCCACUAAAUAUCUUCAGGAUCAGGAUUCAGAAUUCUGGGCAAUGAAGGAAUGUAGCUGAUGCCUUGUCAUUUGCUAUUAGUAUUUUUCUGAUACAUAAAGCAAUAGAAGAUUGUCUGAAAGUGCAUUGUCAACAUGAUUGGUCUUUUCCCCCACCCUCAAAUAAAGCUACAGAUUCAAACACUUA